GAAAAUAUGUAGUGCUCUCAAGAGGAGAAAAACGGUACCAUAUUUGGUACCGGUAUGUCAUGCACUCUGUACCUAUAUGGCUAUAUUUUUAUACAGAGAUCUAUCAUCUAUGGCUAUAUUUCAUUUUAUGUUUAGUCCUAUAUGGCUAUAUUUUUAAUUAUUUGAUAGAAUAUUUUAUACAGAGAUCUAUGGGGCGUGCAAAACUAAAUUUGGAACUCAUCCCAAACAAGAAAUCUCGAAACUUGACCUUGAAGAAGAGGAAGGAAGGAAUAUUGAAGAAAAUUAAAGAGUUCACCACAUUAUGCGACGUGAAUGCAUGCAUGAUCAUAUAUGGGCUGCCCGACGAGGCCCAAUCGUCCGAUCCCACUAUUUGGCCCACCGACCGAUCCAAAGUUGAACGGAUGAUCCAAGUGUACAAGGAGAAGGGCACAGAAAACGGUGCUCGGACUUACGGGCUGCCCAAUUUCUACAUGGAUCGGAAGAAGAAGGCGGAGGAAGAGCUGAAGAAGUUGAAGCAAAAGAAGUUGGAGUCCAAAUACCCGACUUGCCCGAAGUUGUUGGAUGGUCUGUCCAAACCCGAAUUAGAGAACUUUGUAAGUUUCUUGGAUAGGAAGCUUCGGGCUUCAAAUACCCGGCUCGAGAUGAUUAAUUUCAGUAAUAAUUCUUACAAGAAUCUUGAAGAAGAAGAAUUAUUCUGUCACUUUCGCCAUGAUAAUGAUGACUACAUAAUUAAUAAUAUGAAUAGUAAUCCGGGUUUGGAUAAUUCCGGGUUUGUAACACCUUUGCAACAAGUGGUGCGUUACGACCGCCACCACCCAAACAUGAUUCUUGAUAAUCCGAUCAACUACUACUACGGCGGUGGCGGGUUGUGUUAUAUGGAUGAAACCCCAAACCCACAACAUCCGGCGGCAGUUGAAUACAGUCACCCGCCGCAACAAGUAAAUUACUUGGGAUUUUACAGACAUCCACAAUUCGCAGCUGAGUACUAUAUGGACCGGACGGCCACAUUGGCGCCGCCACCGUACAUGGGCGGUGGAGAUUUGCCCCCACUGCCGCCUUCGAUCUAUUUGCAGGUGAACGAGCUGAAAAGCAUGUGCACGCUUCCGGCGGUUGCAGCUGCUUCUGUGGGCAACGACGACGGGUUUACAGAUUUCGGGUCCUCGGGAAGUUAUUAUUUGGAGGAUGUGGAGGAUCAAAGGGAGGAGAUGGCAUCUGCACUACCUCCGGCGAUGGCGGGGAGCGGUGGUUUGCCACAGUUGAAAGCUUAUCAAGAGGAGCCCGCCGGAAAUAGUAGUGGUAAUGAAUUUAACCGUUAUUACAAUUUCACCAAUCACAUUAAGAGGUACUAGUAAUUUGAUUGCUAUUUGCUAGUAUACGUUUUUUACAAUUUUACGUAGUAUUUAACUUUAUUUAUGGCAUGAAAUUAUAUUUAGUAAUGCACAUGUAAUAUUACGUUGAGAUACUUUAAAUUUGUAAUUUCUUUAAAAUAUUGGUUUUGUAUUUGAGAAUAGUAAUUUCUUA